UCCCCGGCAGGCAUGAACGUGGCGGUGUCCCUGGGUCGUCGUGGGUGCUGGUGAAGGCGGUGUCGUCAGGCUCACACACCAUGGGGGUCGUGGGCCUCCUCAACCUGCUCCUGACGGCCGUGGUCGUCCUCCUCUGCCUCGCCACGCCGGCGGUCACUAGGCUCGUCGGCUCUUGGAUGAAUCUCGGUCUCCAGGGCUACGAAGUAUGGCGGAACCCUCAGAUCUACCUGAUCGGCGCGCAGCCCCUCUGCACCCAGAUCGCCGGCCUCUCCCCCGGCCAGACCAAGCUGUGCCAGCUGUACCAGGACCACAUGGGCAGCGUUGGCCGCGGCGCCAAGACUGGCAUCCAUGAGUGCCAGUGGCAAUUCCGACACAGACGCUGGAACUGCUCCACUGUUGACGACUCCACCGUGUUCGGACCCGUCCUGCAGAUCCCGAGUCGAGAAGCCGCCUUCGCCCACGCCAUCGCCUCGGCGGGCGUCGUAAAUAGCGUGUCGCGAGCGUGCAGGGACGGCCAGCUGUCCACGUGUGGGUGCUCGCCCGCCCGCAGACCAAAGGACCUCAACAAGGAGUGGAUCUGGGGCGGAUGCGGAGACAACGUCGAGUAUGGAUACAAAUUCACCCAGGGCUUCGUGGACGUCCGCGAGCGGGAGAAGAACUACAAGCGGGGCUCCCCCAAGCAAGGCCGCCAGCUGAUGAACCUGCACAACAACGAGGCGGGGAGAAGGGCUGUGAUCCGUAGAACGCGGGUCAAUUGCAAAUGCCACGGUGUAUCAGGAUCCUGCUCUCUGAUCACGUGCUGGCAACAACUGGCACCCUUCAGGGAAGUCGGUGAUCUCUUGAAGGACAAAUACGACGGAGCAACAGAGGUAAAAAUCAAUCGCCGAGGAAAACUUCAAGUCAAACACCCCCAGUUUAAUGUCCCAACUGCCGAAGACCUGGUCUACUUGGACGAAUCUCCCGACUACUGCAGGCGCAAUAAUACAGUUGGAUCUCUAGGAACACAGGACAGGAUUUGCAACAAGAGUUCCCAAGGUAUGGAUGGCUGUGGACUCUUAUGCUGCGGUCGAGGUUACAAUUCUCAAAAGGUGAAACUACACGAAAGGUGCCACUGCAAGUUCCACUGGUGUUGCUACGUGGAGUGCAAAACGUGUACCAGAAUCGUAGACCUUCACACAUGCAAAUAAAAUUUUAAGAAAAUGAAAUAUCAGUAAAGUAAUACUUAUAUUGAGUAUUACAGCCAGAAACUGUAUGGCUCUUUGAAAGUGAAGAUCUAAUGUGAACUUCUGUGCCCUCCAUAAUAAUAAUAAUAAUUGUAAUACUGGUGUGAAAUUCACUAUUUGACAUUACAUAUAUAAAGACUAAGAGAGACGAAAGAGAUGAAAAUCCUCUGAAGAAUGUGGAAAUGGCUACAUUGGUGAAUUACAGAACCAUUGAAGUACUUAAUAUUGCUCUGAACCAAAGCACAAACAGCUGGUUUAUUGUGCUGUGAAAAAUAAAUGCAACAAACAAUUGGUGAAGUACAUUUUACCCAGUGGUUUUCAUAGUCUCCAAAAAUAAUUAAAAAAAAUAAUAAUAAUAAAAAAAAAAAUGCAUUUAACAUUGGUGUCUGAACCUUCUUUUUUGAAGCAAGACUUUGAACUUUUAGAACAAGUGGUUAAGGUACAGACACCGAAAUAAUAGAUGUCAAUCAGUGUUACAUUUAUAGACAGUGAAACAGUGAAUUAGCAAAAAUAAGUUGGCAGAAUAGUUACCUAUCAAUCAAUAAGUAUCUUGUAGGGACUGCAGCUUUCAGUGUUCCAAUAUGUGCAAUGUUUAUGGCAAGUUUGAGAGUUGACAAAAGCCUAGCUGAUAAAUUCCCUUAUUGUUCAUAAAUACAUCAUAUAAUAAAGGAAUGGUUUGGUUGUUGUAACUGAUGUACACAAGUAUUUAGUAAAUUUUAAAUAUACUAAUUUCUUAGUCAGUGGCAGCUUUUAUCUAUUGUACAGUGUGUAUGUAAAUAACGUAUAUAAAGGUAGUUUUAUUGUAGAGAAUCUUGUAUUGUCAAGUAGUUUGCAAGUUCAUAAUCUCUGUAGGUGUAAUAGAGAAUUCUUGUAGACCAGCUGUAGAUCUGUGCUAUGUGUUUUCCCAUUUCAUUAUGCUAUGGAUUGCAUUAUUCACCUUUCUGUGAAAUGAUUAAAUUAGUUGCCAUAUUUAAAUAAGAGUACAGGAAGUUGCCAUUUGUGUACUUAAGAAAAACUCAGUUACUGGGUUGUUCUCAAUGCAAUGGGAAUUGGAUUAGUCCUUUACCUGAGGUGUACCUUGUAUGGUAGUGUUAGAUUUGAAGGUUUGUAGACUUGGGACGUUUGCAACCAUUUUGACAUUAACAAUUUCUGCACCUAAGAUCUUGUCCCAUUUGAGUUUCUUAGUAGAAGCAAUGUAGUCGAGGUAAAAUGCAAUAGUUUACCUCAUGCAUUCAAGUUAAAAUCACUUUGUGCACAGAUGAAGAACGAACUUGAGCCAUGAGGGAUAUCCUCUUGUGCAGAUAAAUUUCUGUCAUCAAUAUUGAGGUCAUGUUCAACCUCCAGACCUACUGACAAAGUACAUAGCAUGUAGUGCAUAUUUUGUAGCAUAUACAGUAUAUAUAAAUACAUAUAUAUAUAAAUAUAUAUACGGGUGAUAUUCCCAGGGCUGUUAAUACAUGACCCAUGGGAAGCUUACACCAGGUAUAAAAACUUUCUUUUCAUUUAAGACAUAUUGUCCAUUUUCUAUUGUAGAUACACAUGAAUGGUGCUUGUCCCACAAUCUGCAAAAUUGGUAAUGGGAACACAAUACCACAAUCAAAUUUAUAAAAGGUGGUUUCAGCCAGCAUAAUUUGAAUUUACCAGGGGAUCAUACUAUUUGACAUACUACAUAUAUUUUCCUUUCCCUGUCUUUAAUCUUAAUAAAAUUAAUGUACUAUUUUGUGUAAUAUGAGCCAAAUGUAAUGAAAUGUUUAUUAGCUAAAUAAUAUAAAAGUGUACAAUAAGCAAAUGUUUUUCAGUACCUUCUUAUUUUUUCUACAUUUUAGAAUAAGGGCUCCUAAACAAACAUCCAAUACCAAGUUUCACUUUAAUAUUCCAUAUUGCAUUAUAAAUACACAGACUGUUAUACAAGUAAUGCUGCAAUUAAUACAGUAUUACUAAUUAAAUAAUUUAACAACCAGAAAAAAAAAUGUUUUGCUUUACAUGUGGUGAUAAAUAUAUGUCUGAUAUUUUCAUUUUCUUUUUUGGCAUAAUUUCUAGGUACAAUUAUCACACAACAAAUGGAGAAAUUGUAUUGGCUUAAUGUUUCUUUUACCAAAAAGUAUUCCAUUAUUGUAAUUCCCUCUCACAUCUUGCUUGAACCUUCUCUAUUUUGAAAUUAAACAAAUGAUUUUUCAAAAAUGAUAUUCCAACCUAAUACUACAAACAUCAAUAUAUAUACACAUUUCAAGCUAUGGAGGAGAUUAGACAAAGAAAAUAAAGCAGACAGGAGCACAAAAGGCAGUUUUCCUUAGAUAAAAACAUCAAGACAGGUCUUCAAAACUGUUGUUCCUUUGUAAAAUUCAUACAGUCUUGCCUAUCAGCAAUGCUAGAACCACUGUACAUUGGAAAAAGAGAAGCAACAAGUUUUAAUACAUCCUUUACUAAAGACAAUCACUCCAGAAGCUUACGUGGUUUACAUUACAAAAAAAAAGUAAUUAAGGCUGGAAAAUGGCUUAGCACUUAUGCCUUAUGAAUAAAGAUAUACUAAUGAGUAAAGAUAUACUAAACUUUACUUUUUAUAUAUAUAGAUAAAAAAAAAAUCUAGUUUUAUUUACUUGCACUCCCAUAUGACAGCAACCUAAACAGUCAAUGUCACUGAAAAUACCAGAGAACUUACAAAGCUAACCUCAAAGGUAUACACAUGGUACACUAAAUAUAGAUCUCAAAAGGAGUCCUCACAAACUCCAUUUAGGGUAAACAUCAUGCAUUUCUGAAUAGUCCAAAAAUAAAAGAUAAUAAUUGACUAUUAUUAAUACAGGAUACAGAAACAACAAAAAUUGAGAUUACACUUUAUAUAAAAUAUCAAUUUAAAAAGAUUUAAUUUCCCUAUGAUAAAGUAGAAAAAGUUACAGGAGGGAAGCAGACACGGGAACAAAAAAUAGGGCCAAAAUAAAACAGCGUCUUGCAAAACAAAUUUCCAAUUUCCUUUGUUAAAUUUAAUUCAAGAAAACAAAAAACAAUAAACAUUCACUUAAAAAAUGAUAUGCAGUGAAAGCAAUCACUACAAAAAGCAAGUGUAUUUGUUUUUUGGUAUCACUUUAUAUGAAUCUCUUCGAUUAAGAUUUCCUGAAUAAUUUUUAAAUAAAUUCCUGAUUAUCAACAAGAUAUCAAAAUACUCUGAACCUCAGUUUGCUGUAUGUAAACACAAUAUCAAUCUGAUUCUACAGCAAUAAAGAACAUCCCAUGUUGGGACACCAACAACUGUAUGAUGGGCAUAAAAAAAAAAA